AUGAAUAACCGUCCAGUUGAGCAGGCUUUGGCAACGCUCGUCCCUACGCAUGCAGGAGAUCUGCCACAGGAGCUUCUCAGCCUAGCCACUAGUCUUGUCGCCCAAUCUCGCUCAUUCUCCGCCAGCUUGAAGCCCGAAGAAGAGAUCGCGCGGCCCUAUGCCUGCGCGGAGAUCGCCUGUCGGAGAUUAACGCGCGCAUUGAAGCUCCCUCCGCUCCUUGGUCACCCUCCCUGUCCGCCCCGACUCUACAAGAAGCUUUACACUUUCCUUGAUAAGAGUCUGUCAGCCAGCUCAGUCGGAGUCAAACGAUCUGGAAGCACCUCGGUCCCUGGAACGCCCUCAAGAGCGGGAUCAACACAGACAACUCCAUCGAAAACGAGAAAUACGCCUUCAAAAUUCGCACCUACCCCUCGGGGCCUUCAGAACUCACCAUCCAAGACAUCCCCACUGAAGAGAAGCUUGAGCGUUGCCGACAAGCUUGAAUCACCCACUAAAUCUGCACGAAGGGUGGCUCCAGAACGUCCGAAGGGCCUCUCGGGCUCAACAGUCAUUCCAGAUGCCCCGGCGUGGGUCAUGACUGCGAUCCGCACAGUGUGCAAAACACUGUCUACACCUGCACCUCGCACGACUAGUCUGUCACGGCCGCCUAUAUCACGAACGCUGCCACCCCACAUCUUUGCCGGUGUUUCGUCUAUCUUGUAUAUCACGGCAAGCAUGUCCAAUGAUGAAGCAGGAAUGGAUGAAGAAAUACUUGAUUUCUUGGAACCAAUCGUAUCCAUCGGCGGAAAUGAAGACGAUUUCAAGGAGCUUGUCUACGCGAUGAUUGUCGCCGUUUAUUUUAUCGUGCUGGCCCGUCGACGCAGUCCCGCCUCCGAUGACGCGUCUCACUCCGAGAGUCAAAAGUUGGACAAGAAGACCUUCACAGAAAUGCGCCAGACGGCAUUGACCAGUCUCGGUCUCCCCAAUGCAAAGCAGCAUCGGGAUGAUGUAGACCAAUGGAUCGCUUUAAUCAUGGAACAAGGCUGGGCUUCUGGAAAAGAGUGGUUUGAGAAUGUUCCGCUCGCUGGUGAGCUACAUGGCGAGGACGAAGACGGUACCUCAUACCGCCGUCUUGAUGAGGAGGAUGCUGCAUUCAGAGGUGUCAAAUUACCCAAGCGUGACGAUGGCAGCGCCGGUGUCCGGAAAGGGGACUCAGGCAACCCUUCCCAUGGCGGGCUCUUGCCCGGUUUGGGAACAAUGAUGCAGGAUCGGGUUGAUUAUUUGAGUGAGGAUCGCCGAGAAGAUUUUCUAGAGUGGAAGGCGGAUAUUUUGUCCCGAAUUGAGGGUGCAACUCCACGGGCUGGGCGCAUCACUGCCUGA